AUGGAAUUAAAUCUGAGAAGCCCAAAGGCUAGCCAGUCUACUGUCUUUGCAUCGGACAUGUUGGGCAGUUCGCAAAAGAACCUUGUCUCAUCGCUUACUUCGCCACGCCAACGGUGUUACUUAUACUACUACUACUACUACUACUACUACUACUAUACUCGACCUAGCGGGUGGCAGAUUGUAUAUGACAUUGUGAAAGAGCUUGAGAAGGCCAGAGACAUCAAAUUCAAGAUGCCAACAAAGGAAUCGGGCCUCAUCAAAGGCUGGCAAAAGGACUUACUCGAUGGUUAUGCUAAAUCAGUCGAGCAAAACACUACGGCAAAGUCUUUUCUAGAAGCGACUGUUAAUGGCGCAUGUUUAUAUAAAAGCAGCUACGAUAUGAGGCAUACGAAUAAUGCUGAACAGAGCGCUGCGCCUGGCGGUAGUGUUGACCCGGACGACCAGAUUGCCCAGAUCCAAGCCAAGACUGCCCAGAUCGGGGCUGUUCUGGAACCGGCUGAACAUUGCCUCCACUGCCCUGACUCUGACUUAUUCCAGGGAUCGAUUAAGGGCAUUUUCGUACAGUGCAUAUCAUUGGUAGUCAAGCUCAGGAACGAAAUUACAAACCUCAUUCGAUUCGUCAAGGCCAUCUCGGCAAUAGUCCAGUUUAUCACCAGCAAGCAUGUUAACCCAUCCAUCGAGACUAUGAAGCGAAGCUCCUGCUUUAACAGCACUAUCAUCAUCCGAUCUUACUACUCUAUCUUUGCCAACAUUACUUCUAUGUGGACCAAGGUUUCGCAAACGCGUAUCUUCCCAGGGCUGCGCAUGGUUGACGGGAUUCCGGCCCUCGACCCAAGUGGCGACGGCCUGGUCCAAGCGAGCCACCGAGGAGAUUUGAAAGAAGGCAAAAGAUCCAAGUUAAUGGAAGGUAUGGAGUCACGCGUUACACAAAUCGGACAGAAGACCGGUUUGCUCCUACCUCCGGCGCCUAAGGUUAUCAAGGCUAUUGAGUCGGGCGCAAAGACAAGACAGCAAGCUUCUCAACAAGAAAUCUAG